AUGUCGAAGGAGCGGCGCGUUGCGCAUCUCUUUAGGGAGAUGCUUCGCGCUAGCAACAAUUUCACCGACUACAAUUUUAGGAUAUACUUCACCCGUCGUGUCAAGGAAGAAUUCAGAAAGCAUGAAAACAUUAAAUCGCCCGAAGAACAGGACAAGUUCAUAGCCGAGGCCGAGAAGACUCUGGGCAUUCUUCAAAGGCAAUCAGCACUGAGUCAAUUUUAUCAGGGUCCUAAGCUGCCCAUUGAAUAG